GGGGUGCCAGCGACUGGGCUGCUGGGGGCGAGAGGAGUAGGAUUGGUCUACGGUGGUCAACCCCCAGAGUGACCCCCCCCCUCCCAUUUCUUCCUCUGUCCCAGCCCAGUGAGGGUGCACGCUACUGAGAUAAACACACCAUGACCACGGGGCGUACGCCAGCCGAGACCAGGCUAGACCUGGAGGACAUAGAGGUGCAGGAGGAGACUCCACUGUGGGUCCCACCCCUGGGUAUCGCUCCAGACAGACACACUGCAGAGGGACUACUGGAGGAAGUAGUGGAGGUAGAGGCAGAGGAACCAGCCCAGGAGGAGGACUCUGUCUCACUCUCCAUCUCCACCCACAGUGACACCAGGCCUCUGGUGAAGGACAGGGACCCAAGGGGAGUCAACAAGUGUCUAAAGGUAACUGACACACACGGCUGCACAGCCCGGUAAACAGCUAGUUAAAGUGGAGGUAUAUACAGACAGAGAGCACUCUGUGGGAGAUUAAAGCACUGUGUGUGUUUGCAAAUACUCCACAUACCACACAUCCCCUGUCUGUUGACUUCCAGAUAAGGGAAGGGGAGGUUUAAACACAGGGAUGAAAUAAGAGAGACAGUAUGGAUAUAAUCACGUAUUGAUGUUCUGAGAUACUCUGGAAAUGUUAUGGUUGAGAUAGGAACUAAAUGGGAUUUGAGUCACCUACAUAGAGUUCUGUGUACACCAUGAGCCGUUAAUGGUAAACUUGUUAUGUAAUGUCUAUACAAUGUUCAGUGGUAUGGAUUAACUGGCUAGGAUUUUAUUGAAAUGAGCACUCAUUUAUCUCAAACCCCAUAGCUUUAAAGGUACACUGGACAUACACAUCUGCAGGCAAUAGAGAGGGAGAUCUGGCAUCCAACAAAGUGGAAUCUGAUGUUGAAAACCGGUGUGUUGAGCGAUGCUGACCUCAUGUGGACACAGUUAGAACUGUACCUUGUUUUUCAUGUCGCACUGUGACCAUAUUAUAAAUAAUGAUUCAGUCCCAUUGUACUAUGGUUACUGCAGUGAGUGUGAUUCAGUUUGUCUAUGGCUUCUCUGCAUCACAUAAAAAGUUCUCAAUGUUAUUGGGAAAAAAUGUAGUAUUUGAGAACCUCCCAACCUCCUUAUUCUGAUCAUCUUUAUACAUAGACCUUCACUAAAGCCCCAUGCUAAACAGAAUUCCCACCAGGCCAUGCCCUGACUGUACUCUGUGUCUCCUGAGGUGACGUUUGAGGACGUGAUAGCGGAGCCCCCCUCGGUGCGGAGCUUUGAUAAGGUGUGGCUGUGGAGCCACGCCCUGUUUGAGGUAUCCCGUCUCUGGUGCUACCGGCUCAUCUCCCUCCUCCUGGCCGUGCCCGUCUCUCUGGUGGCAGGGAUACUCUUUGCUGUCCUCAGCUGCCUACACAUCUGGUGGGUCCUCUCACCUUUGACCUCCUCUGAUGUGGUCCAUUAAAUGUCUUCAGUUGGUGCUUGAUGUUUCAAUGCAUUGUGUAUAGUAUAAACUUGCUUUAGGAGAUAUUGCACUGCCCUGUUUAUGCUCAAUCUGUCUGUCUGUCUGUCCCCAGGCUGAUCAUGCCCUGUAUGCAACUCUUCCUGAUCAACAUGCACUGGGUUCAGACCGUGUGGAGCAGUGUGUUAAACAUCGCCAUCGCUCCCUUCUUUAAGAGUAUUGGGAAGUGCUGCGGUAGCAUCAACGUCCGACUGGCCAGGGACUGAUGUUGGGCUCUGCCACCUUCUAUGGGAGUGGGGAGGGAGGGAGGGUGGAGGG